UAUUCCUAUGUAGGAUUAUAAUUAUCAUAUACUAUAUAGAUAAAAUGAUGUGUUGAAUAAAGAAAAACAAGACCAUUUGAUAACUAAAAUUGUUUGAAAGAUAUAAACACAUAGACUAUCUAGUGAAAUAAUGAAAUAAGGUUACAUAAUUUUUAACAGAAGACGAUGGCCGAUCUAAUAAAGGAUCCUUUACUGGUAUGUGCUAUUGACUUCGGAACAACCUACAGCGGUUAUGCCUUUCAGUUCAAACACGAUUAUAGCCGUGAGGACCCUGGUCACAAGAUUUCCGCACCGCAAGCCUGGAAUGAUGGAAAAUUGCAGGUGGCAUCAAUGAAAACACCUACAUGUCUAUUGUUGGACAACAAUGGACACGUUGACAGCUUCGGGUAUGAGGCUGAGCGGAGGUUCUCAGAUAUAUGCGAGGAUGAAGACGAGGAUCCGAAGGACUGGUACUUCUUCAAGAGGUUUAAAAUGAAGUUACAUGAUCUGAAGGUUUUGUCUGCAUCUACACUAAUAAAAGACGAACAAAAUAAAGAGUUUCCUGCUAUAGAGGUAUUUUCAAAGUCAGUACUUUGCUUGAAAGAUCAUCUCCUGGACGAAUUAAAGAGGAAAAAGACGACAGUUCAAACAGACGACAUCUUAUAUGUGUUAACAGUUCCCGCCAUUUGGAGCGAUAAUGCUAAAGACUUCAUGAGGCAAGCUGCGAAGCGGGCUGACAUAAAGGACGAUAGGCUAGCGAUAUCCUUAGAACCUGAAUCGGCGUCUCUUUUUUGCCAGUUUCUUCCCGUUGAUAGAUUCUCCGUCGGCGGCGAAGCGCAGUGUGCUCUGGCAGCUCCUGGUACAGUGUAUAUGAUAGUCGAUCUUGGAGGAGGAACAGCAGAUAUAACGGUGCACGAGAAACUUGACUGCGGAAAACUGCGCGAGGUGCACCGUGCAUGUGGUGGCCCAUGGGGUGGAACAGCUGUGGACGCAUAUUUCAUACAAGUGUUGUCUAAUAUAGUUUCUCCUUUGGGAAUGUCAGCUUUCAUGCACGAGCACUGUGGAGAUUACCUUGACCUUAUGAGAGAGUUUGAAGUUAUCAAAAGAAAUGUUGACACUACCUCAGACAAGACUUUCAACAUCAAAGUCCCAGCCUCUCUUUCGGAUGUGUCCAAGGAAUACAUGCAAAAACCACUGACUGAAGCAGUGGCGUCCAGUGCCUAUGCAGGGGUAAUGAAAGUUACUGGAGAUAAAAUAAAGAUGUCGCCAUGCCAGGCAAGAGAUCUGUUUCAGAAAGUCAUGGAUAAAGUCACUCGCCAGAUGGAGCAGUGCAUCGAUGACGUCAGCAAGCUGGUGCCAGCACGCACAAUAUCUCUGAUUUUGAUGGUAGGUGGGUUCUCGGAGUCCCCAUUUGUACAGCAGACAAUAAAAAACAGAUUUGAAGGUGCGGAUGGGAUGAAGGUGUUGAUACCAGAGGAAGCCGGACAAGCCGUUCUCAAAGGUGCUGUCAUAUUUGGAAGACAACCAGAUAGUAUAAUGUCAAGGAUUCUACGGUAUACCUACGGAGCGGAAAUAACUCCGCCUUUCGAUCCAGCUGUACACGACCAGAGCAAACGAACAUCCGACGGCAAGCGCUGUAAUAACGUGUUCCGUCCAUUCAUUGAGCAGGGCAAAGAGGUGUCCAAUGGCUAUGCAUUAAAAACCAUAUAUCACACUACCACGCCCUUCCAAAAAUCUAUCGCCCUGAAAAUAUUCAGUACGGAAAAUGACUCUAACGUUAAAAAUGACUCUAACGUUAAAUACACUACGGACAAGGGGAGUAACUUCGUCGGUACUUUGACCAUGAAAAUAAAUCCUACAAAAGAGUUGCAGGACCUGAAAGUGGAAUAUGUAUUUGGUGGUACAGAACUUUAUGUGAUAGGAACCGAAGUGAAGACAAAUCACCGGUGUGAGGCCACUAUCAAAAUGAAUGAUUGAAUUAUUAUCGGUCUCAGACUUCCAAAAAAUCAACUACGAUAUGUAUUAGGCUUUCACCAAUGCAUUUUUGAUAUUUGAUCAAAUCGAAAUAUACGUUUUGUCUGUC